UCGACUGAAUCACUUUUUUUCUUCGCAACAGAGGGGAAGAGCUGCUCUCAAUUGUUUCAAGAUGGUUUCAAUGUCAGUGGCCUGUACACCAUCAAUCCAGAUGGCGGCAAACCAAUACAAGUGUUAUGUGAUAUGACCACGGAUGGUGGAGGUUGGACCGUAUUUCAAAGACGUUUGGACGGCUCUGUUGACUUUUAUCUGGGAUGGGAAUCCUACAAAAAUGGGUUUGGAAAUCUAAACGGCGAGUUCUGGCUUGGAAACGACAAUCUUCACCGUUUAACAGCAGUUGAUAACGUGAUGAUGAGAGUUGACCUGGAAGACUUUGACGGCAACAUCACCUACGCUGAGUACAAGACUUUUAAGGUGGCAGGCGAAGCUGAUAAGUAUCAGCUUUUGAUUGGCGGAUACAACGGCACGGCUGGUGACUCUAUGACAGGACGACACAAGUAAGGAAAAACUGUCUAUAUGUACUGUAUUGUAUUGUAUUCAAUUUUAUUGUAUCUUUUUGUCCCUUUUUUCGUAUGGUGUCCGUGCCGACCAUGCUAUUUAUCAAGAAAUUCUUCCAUAAAUUGAUUAGUUUUUAUAAUUUUUAACAGAACUAAUUCCCAAAAUUUUUUACUUUGAAUGAAUUACGGCAAUAUUUGAGUUUUAAUCUUCAUCAUUCCAGCCAUAUGAAUUUUUCUACGAAAGAUCAAGACAAUGACAUAUAUAGUCAUCACUGCGCCCAAAUGUACAAAGGAGCCUGGUGGUACGACCGAUGCCAUACGUCCAAUUUAAACGGAUUAUAUCUCAAUGGUCGACAAACCACUUAUGCUAAUGGAGUCAACUGGUACGCUUUCAGGGGCUAUUAUUACUCUCUAAGACGCACUGGGAUGAAAGUUAAAACCAAGGGAUAG